AUGCCUGUCAAUGCUCCACGCAAGUCACGCAGUGACAAUAAUAACCUCCAACCAAGCUUUGACUCUGUAAUAAACAAUUCUUCUUAUCGAAAGCCUACUUUUUCUUAUAUUCCGAUACAUAAGAGACAAUGCUCUGGUGGCUCCAGCUCUAUAUUUCUCCGUUCAUUAUCCUUAAAUUCUCUUUCAAUGCCUGCUUCUCAAUCCUUUAAAGACUCCAAAGAGUUCUUAACUCCAAAUUCUUUAUAUACUCCUGAAAUACCCUCCACUCCAAAUUCGGUUUAUUCUAUGCCUGACACAACUGAAUACACCAGUUUUCCUAACUUAGAUCACUUUGCUGAUGAAUGUUGGACUGAAGUUCAUGCUGAAAAAAGAAAUAGCAUAAGCGAAUUGGAAAUGGAAAGUUAUGAUGAAAUGCUAGUAGGCAACGUUCGUUUUCAAUAUUCAUGA